GAUACUACCAUAGAACAAGACCAAUGAUACUACCGUGGAAGAAUACUUAUUCUAUGAUACUACUAUCCAGUAUUGUUGUUCCAAAACGUUGCAAAGAAAAGGAAGUUACCAAUGCGUCUUCUAAUGUGAUAGGCAUUGAAGUUACUUAUUUUUCUCUUUGACAUACAAAGUCGUAAGCUUCAGAGAUGCGAAGAGAAUCAAGAAGUAAUUCAAAAAGGGAAUAUUAACAAUUUCUUCAAACAGAUCGGUUGUCAACCUUACACGGCUCUUGACACUUCAUUUACAUGGUAAUAUACAUCAUUCGCAAACGUGAAAGAACCGUUUCUAUCAAGUUUCUUUCUUCGAGAACUCAAAAGAACGGGUCGUUCGCGAAUCACUUCAUCUAUGGCGAUUGUUGUUAGCGGAAACGCCAGGCGUGGGAAAACUCGAGAAGUGUAUUUUGGAACAGUAUUUUGAGCCGUGUGUCUAAUUACCAGGCUUUUGAUUGGAUUUACGUGUAUGAAUAUCAGUGCUCCAUGCAUCGUUUCGACUAUCUCAAGAAGAAAGUUAGCCCACAGUCUUCAAUAUGGCGAAUGUACGAGACAGCGAUACGUCGUUGUGGCUUCACAACAAACUGGGAGUGUCAAAUGACUCGUGGACAGGAGGUUCUAUUUGUUCCCAACUUAAUGGAGAAGUGCUAAGAAAUAUUAAGGAUUGUUUUCCUGACUUGCAAACGCAAGUGAAAUUGAAACUGUUACUUUCCUUCUUCCACAUACCUCGAAGGAACGUUGAAGAAUGGUGUGUGGAACUAGAAGAAAUUUUGGAAGUCGCCCAAGUUGACAGUGAGCAGUGGGUGUCAAUGUUGGCAGAAAUCAUGAAGACAUUUCCAUCUACAGGCUCCUUAAAUACUGAAAUCGGAUCUAUUGAUGAAAACAGACGAAUCUUUUCUGAUCUGGUUAAUGACCUGAGAAAAUUAGUCAAGAAGCAAAAUGAUUUAGGAAUGCUGCCUUUAGAAUGUCAUUACUUGAAUAAGUCUGCGCUAGUGAGUGUGGUUGGUCAACAACCAGCUCCAACAAAACAUUUUACACUGAAGAGGAAGCCCAAAUCUGCUGCCUUGAGGGCAGAAUUGUUGCAGAAAUCAGCUGAUGCCCAAAACAAUCUAAAGAAGAGUGCUGCCCCAACCGUUCCAAUUCGCUCUCGAGGGAUGCCUCGGAAAAUGACUGACACAACUCCUUUAAAAGGGAUUCCAAGUCGAGUUCCUGCGGGAGGUUUCCGUUCAUCUCCUUUGAGUUCUUUGGCUCGACCAGCAUUGCCACGUACUCCAGCUGGUCGUAAGGAUGGUGGCAUUAAACUCUUAGAUAUAAAUGAGCAACCUCUAGGAUAUGCCCAGGCAAAGAAGAGGAAAAGAAUGCUUGAAAUGGAAGAGGCCAAGAAGGCAACAGAAGUGGCUUUGGCACAACAGGCCCAGGCCCAACAGAACCAGACCUCUCAGCAGCCACCACAACAGGGCACAGCGACAGGUGCUGCAGCUGUGCCCUCCACUCCAGACUAUGCUGCAGGUCUCACCGCUUCGAAUCCUCCUACUCCGGCAGCCCCCACACCCCUGUACAAUCCCAUUCCAAGCACACCCUCAGUGCCAUCAGAUGCUGCUGCACUUGCAGCUACACCCUCUACAUCAGCUGCAGAAACGCCUACACAAACUGCAGACAAUCCUGGUUUAUCUUCUCCCACAGUUCCAAGUAUCAGCAACAGUGGAGCUGCCGCUACAAAUAAUACACAGAAUGUUGCUGGAACUGCAGCCCAAAAUGAAGGUUCAUCUGCCCCUGAGACAAGUACAGCAUCAGUAGUUACUUCACCAGCGGGAACCAGUAAAGUGCAGCCAACCACAGUUGCAACAAAAACUGUUGGUGCCACAAAACAAAUUAUUCAAGUUAGGCCUCAAAUGACACAGAUUCGCAUACAGUCUGUUGUGCCAGCUGCAGGACAGAGUGGAGGUGCUCUGCAACGCAAGGGUCUUUCUCUCACUCGUGAACAAAUGCUGGAAGCACAAGAAAUGUUCCGUUCUGCCAACAAGGUUACAAGACCUGAGAAAGCUCUUAUACUUGGCUUUAUGGCAGGCUCAAGAGAUAAUCCUUGCCCACAUCUUGGCAAUAUUGUGACUAUCAAAUUAAGUGAAAACCAAGAGCAUGUUCUGCAACCAGAUGAUACUCAGAUUACCACCACUGUGGAGACCCAUUUCCAAAUGAACUAUAACACAGGGGAGUGGAAGAAAAUCAAAAAGAUUCGGAAAGUAGAAGAUCCCAAUGCAUCAAUUGCUGCUAAUUCCUCAGCAGCACUUCCUGCUGCUGCUACUACUGCUAAUCCUUCAUCAGCUGUAAAUGCUUCAUAAUGUUUACUCUUCAAUCUGACCAAGUACUUGUGAAUGUUGUUGAAGACUAUUAUGGACAAGAUGAAAGAAUAAGAGAAUAUGUCUAGUACCUGUUCACAGACAAAGUGCAUUACUUCGAGUUGACUUGUUCCAUUAAUGUAUAACGUAUAUGCUGUGAUUUCCUUGUGCUAUGGCAUUAUCUAACGUAUUUUGAACUUAUUUUAUUAAUUUCUCUCUGUUGUGACGCCUGUAGUUCAUGAUGGGAUUUAUCUGAAUCACUGUUGUUAUGAAAAAUCUCAAAACUAGAGAUUUUGAAUGGUUUAUUUUGGAUAGAAAUUGUGCUAACAUGAUCUGUAUAGAUUGUUUUACAAGCCUUCAUCAAUGACUUACUUGGUGAAGAAUAUGACUUUCAAGGAGCACUGGAAUAUUCAAAAAUAACUGUCAUUUUGUAGAUCACUAGACUAAAAGUGUAAAAGAGAGAGUACUCUUAAUGUAUCUUUGCAGGAAGACGCAUGAUUGAUACUGUAUUUAAUUCUCAUUUAUGUGAUGCUUUCAUCCAGAACCAAUACUUUUUCUUUCACCCAGUCCAACUUAGUAGAAUUUUUAACAAUUUUUUUUUUUAUCCCCAUUACAUAGAUUGGCACUAUGGAUUUUGGUAAGACUCAUGCUUAUAUUCAUUGUAGACAUACUAUACUGAUCAUGUACACAUUCAAGUGAAGAUGAAGAGCAAGAAAAGAGGAAAUAAUUGUUCCUUCAGAAAGUCCCAUUUUUAUUGUCGUAAUAAGUGCAUUAUGGAUGCAUUCCACUCAUACUUUGUUAUUGUUGUGGAGUAUUUACGUUUUGUAUAGUAUGGAAAGUGUCUCUAGGAGACUUGGGUUCAUGUGUGUUGGCUAGUCAUGAGCAACCAAGUGACAAAAAUAUCCAUAAACUGAUUCCACCUGGCUCAAAUUGGAAAAUGUUCAUCAGGUGUGAUAGAGGGCUGCUUUGAGUAAAUGACCAGUGAUGGUAUUUAGAUAACAGGUUGACUCAAGUGUGCUAAAUUCCCACAGGAAAAUGGUUAACUUGACUGUACGUUGAAAUAAAUGUAAACAUCUAUUUCAUCGAUUUGUGUAAGGAGACAAAUGAAGAAGAAUAUUUGUUUUCUUGGAUUCUCUUUUGUAUAUUGAUUUUUCAGUUGCUGUAUUUUUUUCAAGUGCCUGUUGAGAAAUUAUGAUCUUCCAUUGAGAAAUUAAAUGGCGGUAUUUGUUGUGGAAUUUAUUAAUAUUUUAUAUGCAGUUGAGUUGUUUGUACAUGUCCCAAUAAAAUGACAAAGGAGCUUCCAAAUAUUGAAAGAUAAACUAUUCAGAUAUUCAUCAGAGAAGAAUUUCAGUCUUUUGACUUUUCAAGAGAAACAUUUUUUUGGAUACAAAUUUAUUUUAGAAUAUACCAUAUUUACUCGAGUGUAAGAUGACCCUUGAUUUUGAAGAGACAUCCUGAGAUUUUUUAAACUAAGUCUUAAUAUUUAGUCAAAAUAAAAUUGCAAAUCAUGUAAUUGACUUGAAAAUUCUUCAAUGUUCAAACAUGUUGCCUGAGCUAUCAGUGCAAUAACAAACUUCCCAUGUAUUAGUAUUUCUUUCUUUGUAGUCCUCCUGUUAAAGUAGACCACUCUGGCUUCUUAGCUCCCCUCUGAAAGUUUUCUGCUUCAAAUUUGGCUUCUUAGGUUUUUUUAUCUGACACCACCUAAGAAUAUUCCCUUCUGUGUUGCCAGAUUUUCUUCCUGAUGUGUAUGACCUCGGCCUCCGAUUCAUUUCCAUCUGUUGUAAAAGGCAGGUUUAAACUUGCCAAUUCAAUCCGUGGGGUGAGGCUGGGUGACCCAAGCUGUGAACCUACACAGAUUACUUGAAUCUUGUAACAAAAUCUUUGCAACACUUUAUUUUCAUACAGCAUUACAUGUUCUACAAUGCCAUUUGUUUGAUGUUCUCUUUUUACUGGACCAUUAAAAAUUUUGAUCUGUUAUAUUUGAAAAUUUUGAUCUGAUUAAUAACCUUAAUCUGUGAAGAUAACCUCGAAAGUUUGACAUGAGAUAUGUAAGAAAAAAAUUGUUUUAUAUUCGGGUAAAUCUGGUAUAUGCCAAAUUUGUAAUUACAUUUUCACUUUAUUUUUCAAAUGUAAUGCAUCUUGCUUGUGAGAUGCUUGACUGGUUGGCUUUAUCGUAUCUGUAAAUAUCAAAUAGAUCUUGUUAAAUAGUGAACUAUAAAGAAGUGAAAGAACAUAAUAUGCAGCUACAGCAGGAAAGAGUGAGAAAUUCAACAAGAUUGAAAUGUGGGAAACAAUGUAUUUGCCAGUAAUCUGAUAAAAUAAUAAUGAAAUGAUCAAUAAAAAACAGAGCAGUUAGAUUAGUAAAUUGAAAGCAACAAAAUAAAUUUUACUUUUAAAGAAAAUGUUCAAUCCUUUUUGUAAUAUUUAGCUGAAAUUGUAUAUCCUAAUCUUUUUUGUCAUUCUGAAAUUCAAGGUUCCCCAUCUUUCCUUGCUAAUUCAAAAAGUAGCAAAAACCAGAGCAAUGAGAGAGCCAAUGAUAUACAACUGAAAUCUGGUACUUUUAUUACUAUAUAACAUUCCCUCA